AUGGGCUUAUCCGUAGAGGGACCGUCAAUUGGCUGGGCCACGACGGAGAAGGCAGGACCAAGUGUUCGGAAAUGGGCGACCGAGCAAUUGCUUUGCCUCUGGGACAAGCAGCGCCAUCGUAGCGACAAUGUCACCACGUGGGGCGAUGAGAUUGAAUACAACCUAGUUGAUUUGGAUCACGGCGCAUCGCGCGCGACAAUGUUAUUAGACCAGGAGAGGGUUAUUCGAGAAUGGGAAGGAGAUCCCGCCAGCGAGGAAUCACCAGUUACUCUGCAGUGGGAAGGAGCCAAAUACGUCGUUGAAACAACCCCAGCCAAGCCAUAUACAGGAAGUAUCGAAGACCUUCUAAACGUUCAAGUAAAUAUGAGAAAGAGACGAGAAAUAAUCGACCGCUCUCUCGCCUCCAACCAACACACCAUCUCGAUUGGCUCAUUUCCUCGCGCCGGAAUCGAUGGCCAAUGGACAACUCCCGAAGGACCGAACCGAUCGAACCAUUCCCUUUGUACUCUUCCACGUUAUAGAAGCCUCUUCGACAAUGUCCGUGGUCGAAGGCAAAAUCACCCGAAACCAACACACUAUCCGAUCUAUCGGGAUUUGCAAACGCCUACCUUACCUCUAAGAGAGAAAGGCCCAGAAUCCAUUUGCUUGGAUCACGUCGAGGUCGGGAUGGGUAGCAGCAGCCUCCAAACGACCUUCCAGACAUCGAAUGAAGCCGAAUGCCGUUGGUUAUAUGACCAGCUUAUACCUCUUGCACCAGUCUUUCUCGCCAUGACCGCCGCAGUUCCAAUAUGGAAGGGAUAUCUUGUUGACACAGAUGUCAGGUGGCAACGAUUUGGGGAUUUGGUAGAUGACCGCAGACCAGAGGAGAUGGAACAUACACCUCCUCGCUGGACCUGUAAUCGCACAUAUCUCUCACAGGAAAGACCUCCAGAAAUGGAAAGCAACACACCCCUCCAACCAAUGGACGAAACAAUCAAACAAAGUCUUCUAGAUGGAGACAUGGACGAACAACUAGCAACACACUUUGCAUCCAUUCUCUCCCGCGACCCUCUCGUCUUAACUCAAGAAGACAUGUUCCAUUUCAACACAUCAAAUACAAAACUAUUCGAACUCCUACACGGCUGCACAUGGCACGCGGUCCGCUUCAAACCACCCGUUUCGCACAGUGGACCAGGCUGGUGUAUCGAAUUCCGAACAAUGGAAGCCCAACUCACAGACAAGGACAAUGCAGCCUUUGCCAUCUUCACAUACCUACUUUCCAGGGCGAUUGUGACUCUCCAUCUGAACUUCUAUAUCCCAAUUGAUAAAGCGGGCGAGUCUAUGAAGUUUGCAAAUAAGCGCAAUGCAGUCCUCGAAGAGCGGAUGUGGUUCCGUCGGUCUGGGUGGUUGACGGAUUCGGCUCAUUUGGUCGGGUCAGCUCCUCCAAUGUGCAAAGAGAAGGCCCAGCCUCGUGUUGAUGGCGAGUGUUAUGCUCUCAUGUCUGCUGAUGAAAUUUUCAAUGGGGAAUCGAAUCAUAGGGGCUUCCCUGGUUUGAUUCCACUUGUGCGGUAUUACCUUGAUUACAGCAAAAUGCCUGUGUCGGAGCAGGAGAGGAUAUCGCCAUACCUGGAUGUCAUCAGCAAACGUGCUAGUGGCGAGAUGCCUACGCCGGCAUCUUGGAUGAGAGAGUUUGUGCGCCAACAUAGGGAUUAUCGGCAGGAUAGUUAUGUUAGUGAGAGCGUGUGCUAUGAUAUGAUGAAGGAAAUUGUUCGGAUGAAUGAAGAAUGA